UCCGGUUUGGUGCCUUCUAUUGAUAAUUACUUAUAAAUACGGAAGGAUUGACAUCUACGCGUACUAUGAGCCUCUGUCGGAGCUGUCAGGCCGCAUCGUUACACGGGCCGGAGGUUUCUUGUUUUUUGAUACGAAAGAAUACAUUAUUUACGUCAUUUGCACGUCUUGGCGGCGGCACCGGGAGGGUGCACACACCUACGUGAUCGUCCAGUCACUUCGACCCUGACAUACUUCUUCUCCACCACCGUUUACUUCCUCCUUGGGUGAUCCUUUUGCACCGCUCUAUGUAACUCACAUCUAUCGCAGGGAUACUGGACGUACCUGAUUGUAUGGGAAAUCUGUCCAACGAACAUGUCAAACGACAUGAAAUUUCCGUCCGAGUAUAUACCGGUGGCUCCAAGUCCUCCAGAGGCCAUGGUUAUGCUGCCAUCUACCGGAAGGUGACUCAAGACACGUCGGCUGCCGGAUGAAGCCGAUAUAGAGUGGCAGAGUUGUGUGAUACUGAGACACAUGAAGAGAUGUGUCGCAUUUAUUGAUCUGUAAAGGACCCUGAAGGCCAUAAAGUACUUUCAUCCAAGCUUAACCUGGUCUGCAGCAUGUAUAAAUCUCAUUGUUUAUGCUGGGCAGAGGGUCGCAGAGGACGACCCUCGCUAAGGGACCGUUGCUGCGUCAGAGCUCGACCAGGACGGAGCGAGGGGGGGGGACUAUUAGGAGGAAACGCCAAGCCAUUGCGACUAUAUAGCACUGGAAAGGGAUCAGGAUAACGAUUAGGGAUGGGACGGAGGGAAGGAAUGAUGCCCAACCACUUGGACGGUCGGGGAUUGAACGCCGACCUGCACGAAGCAAGACCGACGCCGUACCGUCCAUCCCAAAUGGUUGGGCCAGGACAGAGCGAAACAUCGUUGUUUCAUCUGAUGUGUGGGUUGGUCAUCAUUUUUACCACGUUGGAUCUAAAUCCCCCUUGAUUAUUUCACCCCAAAUAACUCUCGAUCUAAUUUCCAAUAUUCUCUUAUUGUAGAUGUUUGGUGGGCAUCAUUAAGCCUCAUGCCGCCGCCCUUUACAUGGAAAUACAAUAAAAACGUAAUCGUUUCAAUAGAUAAUAAUGUAAAUAAAAUGUAAUAUUUCGGGAAAAAUCGACUUGUUAAGCAAGUGCAACCCCUGAUACUUACAAUUAUACAUUGUGCCUAGUUAUUCGUAUGCUGCUUAUUAUUAUCAUCAUUGUGAAGUUGUGAUAUUGGUUUAUUUCUGGAUAAAUUCCAUUGAGGUUAUACGGUUCGUAGGGUGAGGAGUAAGGGCGGGCCUCCCUCCAUUGUUUUCAUGACGUCCAACCAUAUUUAAUUAUCGGGGCCACCACUACCACCACCACUACUACCACCUCGACCCCCACCACCCCCACCAUCACUACUACCCUCACCACCACUACCACCACCACUACCACACAGUGCUCACUAUGAAACAAAGGUGACCCUUGCACCGGUGUCGGGGCUGGCGGCCCCUGGCAACACCUGUUCCACUUUUAUCCAACUAUGGUCGCGCGACGCCGGGAGCGGCCCCUCUCCCAGGACUAUACUCACUGUACUGCUCAUAGCUGUAGUGCUCCCUGCUAUACUGAGCCUUUCUAUACUCUUACUCUUUGCUAUAUAUAUAUUGAUGAUGUUGCCAGGUGAAAAUUGUAAUACUGUGCGUCUUACUUGAUAAUUGGAGUUGUGCAGUGCCAGUUUCACCUGAUACCGCAGCCAGUGGCACUUACCACCACGCUACUUCAAUGGCUGAUAGUGAUGCUGAAGAAGCAGUGAUGCCGGAGAGUCUGCUGAAGAGAGAACAUGUGCUGGCAGCCCUGACGGCUGAUAGAGGACACACUGCUCACCUCAAGUCAUGGUCAAUGCGACAGUUCACUGAAGCAGGAGAAAACGCGACUGCGUUUGUGGCUUGUGUUAUAGUUGAAUUUUCCCAAAAUGGCAAAAUAGAAAAGACUAACUAUAUAGCCAAAUUAAAUCCACUUAGAGGAGAAACUUGGAGUGAUUUCAUGCAUAUGGCAUUUCAUAAGGAAAGUAAAUUGUACCAGGAAAUUGAGCCCAUGUUGACGAUGCUGUUGGAAAAGAGAGGACUUGAUGCACUUAGAAUUCCUCGAUGUCUUUUCUCUAGCUUGGAGCCGGACCAAGAAGUAAUAAUUCUUGAUGAUCUAAGAGGCCAAGGCUUUCGAAAGUAUGAUCGUAGAAAGACAAUGGACAUAGCACACGCGACAGUAGUCUUGCAAGAGAUGGCAAGAUUUCAUGCAGCCUCCAUGUUGCAAGUUACACAGAUUCCAGAUUUUGAGGUCAAAUAUGAUUUCCUAUGCAAACACUGGUGCAAUUACAAAGCCGAUGCUGGGGACACUUACCGUGUGGUUAUGAGUGAUAAUCUGGAGAACGUAAGAGUUUUGUUACAAACGGAGGAGGGCUAUGAGAGAGCGGCGGAUUGGGUAGAGAGACUUAAACCUCAAGUCCUCAGUAUGUUUGAGGAGCAAACUGCCACAACUGCAUCUUUUACUGUUAUAUGUCACCUUGACUUGGUCAACAAUAAUUUACUAUUUAGGUACAAUGAGCGAGGCGAGCCUAUAGAUGUACGGAUUUUGGACUUCCAAAUGUGUUACAUUGCGUCCCUAGCCACCGACCUGGCAGAGUUCUUCUAUACUUGCCUCGGCGCCAGUGACAGAAAAACCCACCUAGAUUGUUUGCUGAGCACCUAUUAUGCCUCGUUCAGCGAGGUGCUGGAAGCGAGUGGCACAGCUAUGCCUUUUACCUACAAGGAACUACAUGAAGAAUACAAAUGCAAGUUUCUCUUUGGAGUGCUUGCAGCCAUAUGGAAAUUGCCAUUCAUCAUCGCAGAAGGUGAUGAGAUCCCAGACAUGGACAACUAUGUUGAUCAAGAAGCCUUCUGCCAAACUCAGCAGAGAAACAUGCUGACAAUGCUCAAGAAAUACAAGAAUUUUCACCUUCGUUUUCUGUCGAUAUUUGAUGAAGUCUGUGACCUAACAGGACAGGUGUGAAUAUUUUUGUAAUAUACCAAUGUGUGCCCAUAUUUUUUCCCCCUACACUUUUAAGGGGGGGGGGGGG